AUGUACUCAGCUAAGGAAGCUCUGCUGCUGUUUAAUCGAGACUAUAAAUUUAACUUAAAUAUUUUCAUAAAAAUUAAUUCAAAGAAAUACGAACAAGAAUAUCUGGAAAUGCUGCAUGUUACUGAAACAUCCAAGAUAGUGAUAAACGAUUUGAAAACCGAUAUCAAGGCAAUUCGUGAAUUUACAAAUGGUUACUCUCUAACAGUGGUUUAUUUAUUCAACGGUAACUUUAAAGAAUCAUUUGAAUUAAUGGAUAAAUUAUUAUGGAAACUACAUUUGUCACAUAUAUUGAUAAUAUGGAAUUUUAAGUCCGACAACUUAAGUUUUUUGGAAGCAAUUUUUCAACAGUGCUGGCAAAAAGGUUUUGUUAAUGUCAUACUGUGGCAUCAAAACAAAUUAUUCACCUACAAACCUUUUCCUCACAUUAAGACUUUAGAAUUACAGAAUUUCUCCAUGUUUGCUGAGAGAUCAUAUUUGAGAAAUUUCCAUCACUAUGCCUGGAUUUUACCUUUCACAGAAUUUGCUCCUCGACUUUUUAGCUACACAGAUGGUUGGGGCAAAUUAUUGCGCAGCGGUUCAUUCUUUAAAAUCGUCGAAUUAUUUAUACUUCAUCAUAAUGGCACCAUGAAUAUCUAUGAAUUUGAUAUGUGGUCAGAAAAUAUGACCUUAACGAAAGUUAAGAAUAUUUUAAUAAAUCAUGGUUUUCAUUUCAUAGCCAAUAUCAUAUUUGAAGAUGAUUUCUAUAUGGCCAGUGAUUCAUUGUGGAUAUCGUAUCGUAAUUUAAUCGUACCCGCUUCCCAGGAAAUAUCCAAAAGUCUAUAUUUGACGAAAUCCUUUAAAAUAGAGGUAUGGCUUAUUAUGAUUAUUAUAGCUUUAGUUAUAUUUUGUUUAAAUUACUGUAACAACAGCAGGAAUCGUAAAGGAUGUCAGCAAAGUGAUUUAUUCAAUAAGCUACAGAUUGUUAAAGAUUUACUAUACAGUGAUGUACGAAAUGGCAGCAACUUAUUUUAUGUUCUGGUGGUGCUUUUAAAUCUGUUGGCAACUUUGCUGCUGGACAAUUUUUACAACUGCAGUUUAUCCAGUUUGUUAGUAACCAGGCUCUUUGAACCUGAACUAAGAACUCUAGAAGAUGUCGGCAAAACAAAUCUCUUUAUCCAUGAAUUUACCUUGGAUGUCGAGUUUUACAAACAAACGGAUUUGCCAGCCAUUAUUUAUCCACGAUUUUACACAGGCAAUAACUCCAACAUGUACUACAAUCGCAAGCAUUUAAAUGUUCAUUUGAAUAUGUUCACUGCAUUUGACGACGUUUGCCAAUACUAUUUGCUACAGCAGCGAUUUUUAAAGAAUCCCUUAGCCAAGAUAUUGGACGAAGGUUUGUAUGGUCAUACAUUUUACAUUACUGUGGCCCAUCGUUUGCCGGUUUUAGAUCAUUUCAAUCGCUACUUGCUGUAUAUCAAGGAGAGUGGUAUAGUGAAUAAAUUGAUAUUUGAUAGUCUGUGGGAUGGCAUUGUUAGUGGCGAUAUACAGUUUUUCAGGGAUGAAGAAAUAAGUCCUUCUCUUACCUUGGAACAUUUUCAGUAUGGUUUUGUUAUAUGGCUAAUUGGUUUGAUGAUGGGAUUUGUGUGUUUUGUGGUGGAACGUUUGAUAAAAUAA